AACGCAGGCUGGAAUCGCAUCCGCCGCUUCUAUGAAUUGAGCCGCAAACAUAUAUUUCAGAUUUUGGCCACGCAAGUUUAACAAUUUGCUCAAAACUCAAAAUUCAACAUGCAAAAUAAUACGGCAUUCAUUGUCAUGUUAGUACUACUGGUGACGCUACUCGAUUACGGUACACCAUUAUUGCCCAAAGUGUUAGGUAGCAACAAGAAACACACGCUUUUGUUUAGUUCUGAAGUUCCGCAUGAGCACCAAAUUGUAAAACGAAGUCCUCGAAAAACAAUCAUUUAUGUAACAAGAUUGCAAAAAAGAAAGUAUAUCAUAAAAUGCUGUGGGAUGCGUCGAUGCACUAGCAACAGCUCCACAACCCAAAUAGAAACAAAAGCGCCUCCGAAAACGACAAAAGAUAGUCAAAAAGGGACCACUUUGGCGCCUGGGAAGAAAGUGACUUCCACUGCUGACGAGACCAGCCCACCAGCAGAUACGGAAGGACCUACCGAAAAUGGUCCUUUUACCAGUGAAACUCCAGCUGAAGGCGAAAUCGUCGCUCCGGCUGAAGUGCCGAAUACAAUAACGCCUGGAGCGACAGAGAUUCCAUCUAAUGCAGGUCUCACCCUGGGCCCUAGUGAAACGCCAGCGUCAACAACCGAAGCCGGCAUUACAAUUGUUGCUACGGAGACGCAGCCGCCUGCAGACACCACCAUUGACCCUGGUACUCCUGCUAUGACAUCUGGUGUUCCAAUAAGUACAGGGCCAAUCGACACCACCAGCACUUUAAAUGGCGCCACAACACCUGCGACUACAAACGCGAUCACAAACGCAAGUGUCACGACCACAACCUCUGCGGUCACGACAACUUUGACCUCCACUGCCCAAGUUGGAACAAAUGCCAUCACACCAGGCACAACUACAGCAGUUGAAAGCAAAUCAACUACUUCUAGUGUUGCAACAACUGCACCAACCACAGUUGUGACUCGCACAUCAACAACUCUUGUCCCAACAACUCCUCCACCUCCUUGUUAUAAUUCUAAAUCAAAUUACACUUUUUCAAUGGAAACGCAAACCUGGGGAAAAGCAAGAAUUGAGUGCCAAAAGCAAGGAAUGGAUUUGGCGAAUUUAGUGACGGUGGAAGAGAACAUUUGCGUCAAGCAUUUAAUCUCAGCUAAUCAAAAAACGAACAAAAUCUAUUGGAUUGCUUUGACCAAAAUGGGCCAGUCGAACUACACGCAGUGGUUGAGUGGCCAAGAACUGGUAUAUAACGAUUGGAAUCCUGGCGAUCCUGCCUCUAUUACUACCGAUGAUUGUGCUGUGAUUUGGAAAGACAAAUGGUUUGAUGCUCCCUGCUUUCAUUCUCUAAAUUACAUUUGCGAAACGCCUAGGCCUUUCGAUAUGUGCUCAAGUGUGAAGCCAUUUUCCAUUUCAACCAACAAGCUGAGUUUUGACAACGCUCGGGCUGAGUGUCAAAAAACCAAAAUGGAUUUGGUCAGCUUGGAAACGCCGGACCAGAACAUUUGCCUUCAACGCCAACUUGCUUCCUUGGGAAAGAAUUUAAUUUUCGUUGUUGAAAUCUUUAAUUUCCAAAAUUGGACUGCAGGGAUGGAACAAGAAAUGGUUCACAUGGGACUGACCAUGGAGGGCACGAAAAACUACACAUCCUGGGUGAAUGCAAAACCUCUCACUUACACAGACUGGUCUCCAGGAAAUCCCGCGCAAUUCGGAUCUGAUCAAUGCGCCAGCUCUUAUUUGUACCAUUGGUUGGACAUUCCGUGCACCAACGUUUACAAUUACGCUUGCGAGGACACUGUCAUUAUGUAGACCGUUGAUGUGAAAAAUUAAUAAAUAAUUUAUUCCUU